AUGAGUGUGCCUACAGAAACAAUUGUUAAUUUAAGAGCUCAAGUAAAUCAGAAAUUGGUUGAAUCAGGAGCAUAUGAACGUAUUCUGUUUUAUUUGAAUAAAAAGCUUCAUGAAUGUGGAUGGUAUUCGGAUAUGAAAAAUCAUGCUCUUUUUAAAGUACGUCAUCAAGAGAAGCCUAAUUUUGAAGAUUUAGUAAAAGAAAUUGAGCCGAAAGGCCUUGCUACCGUUCCUGAAGAUCUUAAGAUGGAGGUUCUUGGAAUGAUUAAAAAAUUUCUAGAAGAAGUUGUAACAAUAGAAGAGACUGAUAGUUAUUAA